AUGGCCCAACGGUGUUUAAAUAGUUCUAGUGGUGCUAUUAAUUAUAAUUCACUGGACUAUCUGCGCCGUCCUACACGAAGAGCCCUUCAAUUUCCGACGGUAAACGAGGCCAUCAAUGAGGAGGAUGAACGAUCGAUCAACGAGGAAGAAGAGGACGAGGACGAGGAAAUCAUAGUCAGAAAUACUAAUCUCGCACCAGCCCGUGUAGGGCUUUCGAGACAAAGGAGCAUAGCGACAACUCCAAUAACACUCAAAGAGCUUCUCAAUCUAUCUGGGAGGCGGCGAACUUCAAUAUCCGGAAUUUUUCACAAAAAGGGUGUCGAGUCCGUUAAGCAAUUUGAAAAAUACAUUCCAUAUCCAGAUGGUUUACCAUCGAGCCAUAAAGCUAGUUUGAUACUAGCAUCAAGUCCAAUUUCUUCGCCUAUUGGAUCAAAACCUUUAAGUGUAUACGCAAGCAGAAGAACAAGCACCAAGGUUCACCGCCCCUACGUGUCACCGCUUGGGAGACCUUCGGAGCCUAAAGAGACAAUGGAGGUUCGGCGUCCGGUGGGGAAAUUGAAACGUGGGGUAACUAUGGCUGCUGGAGCUGAGACUGCAACCCCGGUUAGGAAGAGAUUUAAACCACCAUUACUUAAGAGCAGGGCGGAGACUUUGCUACCAAGCGGGAACGUCGGCACGCUGCCUAAACGCUCAUGGACAAAUGCAUUGGAGGAGGAUAGAGACCUAGGUUCUGCGGCUGAAAGUCAGAUUGAUCUACAGAGUAUAUCAAGCUUUCGCGCGGUUCAGAAGGCAUGGUGA